UUCAUCUCAUGGCAAGUCAGGGGUUACCUCCUAUAGCCCUGUAACGUUGGGACGGCCAUCUCAAGCCGCGCGUUGGGAGGCGGCGAAGAACCUGAACUACAUACCUACCUCCUCCAUACCUCUUAGGUAUAUAUAUGGGUUCAAGCAUCCCUUCAUCAGUUACUGUUUAUCCAUUCCAAACCCAGUCCUUCCCUUAACCCAGUAGCUAGAGCCUCGAGUCGAUCCUUUCUAUAGUCAGUCCUUUCACUCAGUUACUAGAGCCUCAGGUAGAGCACUAGAUCCACAAUGGUUUCUUCCACUUUGGCUCUGGCGUCCAUCGCCAGCAUUAUUCCUUCCGUCCUCGCUGGUUUCGAUGCUAGCUCAUCAAGCAAUGUUGCUGUAUAUUGGGGACAAAACUCGCUCAACCAACAGACCUCUCAGACCCGUUUGGUUGAUUACUGCUCCAACACCGAGAUUGAAAUCAUCCCACUAGCCUUUUUGAACGGCAUCAAGACACCCACCACCAACUUCGCGAAUGCUGGAGACAACUGCACGACAUAUGACGGUACUCAGCUACUAAAAUGUCCUCAGCUAGAGGAGGACAUCAAGGCUUGCCAAUCGCAGGGAAAGACAAUCCUCCUCUCCAUCGGAGGUGCCACUUACACCGAAGGCGGUUUCUCAAGCUCCGACGAGGCCGAGAGCGCGGCUACUGACGUCUGGAACUUGUUCGGGUCUGACACGACUCAGGAAAACCGACCCUUCCUUACUGCUGUCGUUGACGGUUUUGACUUCGACUUCGAGUCGACCACCCAGAACUUCGCGCCCUUCGCCUCCAAGCUCCGCUCGCUUAUGGAUGGUGACUCUAGCAAGACGUACUACCUCUCUGCUGCUCCCCAGUGUGUGUACCCUGACGCGGCGAUGAACGACAUGUUGAACGGUGUCAUCGCAUUCGAUUUCAUCAUGAUCCAAUUCUACAACAACUACUGCGGUGUUAGCUCGUACGUAGCUGGCUCCGACACGCAGACCAACUUCAACUUCCAGACCUGGGACGACUGGGCCAAGAACACCAGCAAGAACAAGGACGUCAAGGUUCUUUUGGGUGUCCCGGCUAACACUGGCGCUGGUGGCGGUUACGUCGAUGCUGCUACCCUUGCCCCGAUCAUCCAAUACUCCAAGCAGUUCUCUAGCUUUGGUGGUGUUAUGAUGUGGGAUAUGUCUCAGCUCUACGCCAACAACGGAUUCCUCGACUCCGUCUACGCCGCCUUAACUGGAUCCGGUGCCACCAAGGCCAAGGUCCAGCAGGCCACCACCUUGGUCACCAAGACCAAGCCCGCAGCCACCGCUGCCCCCUAAAUGGCUAAAACCUUUUCGCAGUCUUGUAUAUAAGUACAGUAUCUGCUGAAGAUUACCACGGCCGCUACUGGUGACAAGGUAGUGGUAGGAGAGGUGAUGAAUAGGCCAUCGAGUGUUGGAAUAAACCCCAGCCUCCUACUUUCGCUCCGGCCAAGAUGGGAGUUUGUCAAAUUUUGUGCCAUAUCCGGCAUUUCUUGUAUAUAGUUGCCGAUUAUGUGUAUAACCCGAUAUCUGUAUAUAUCCGAGAGACUCGGCUUAUCAAUUUAUGUCCAUUUGACUAUGAUUUUUGGUCUGUUCGUGAAGACGUAGAUGUAAAAUGGGAGAGAGAGUGGGGAAGAAAUCGAGGAUUAGACUGGAUUCGGUAAGGUUAUUUCUCGCGUGGUUACCGCACCGCCCCCACCCUUUUAAGCUUGGGCCAUACUAUUAUGCAGCCCUGUACCUAAGCGCCGAGAUACUCAUUUAGCUUAGUAGGGCAGCCUGCCACGGCGAUAAGUACAUUUUGUACUGCUUCUUAAUAGUUACGUGGGGCAAUUCCAAAUCUAUUCAGGCGACAAUUUGCGUGAAUUAGUCAAAUCUUGAGUCUGAAAUAAUGAGACGAAUUAACAGGUAACGUCCGUAAAUACUAUCUGAC